AUGAAUGUUGAGAGAGCCUCAGCAGAUGGGGACUAGCCAGAGGUGGUCUCUGCCAUCAAGAAGACUUUGAAGAUAGGGUUCGGGACACCAGUCAACAUCGCUAUGGCAGGGGACUCUGGCAAUAGCAUGUCCACCUUCAUCAGUGCACUUCAAAACACAGGGCAUGAGGGGAAGGCCUCACCUCCUACUGGGCUGGUAAAAGCUACCCAAAGACGUGCCUCCUAUUUCUCUUCCCACUUUCCAAAUGUGGCGCUGUGGGACCUGCCUGGCGCAGGGUCUGCCACCAAAAUUCUGGAGAAUUACCUGAUGGAACUAUAGUUCAACCAGUAGGACUUCAUCAUGGUUGCAUCUGCACAAUUUAGCAUGAAUCAUGUGAUCCCUGCCAAAACCAUUGAGGACAUGGGAAAUAAGUUCUACAUUGUCUGGACCAAGCUGGGCAUGGAUCUCGGCACAGGUGCCCUCCCAGAAGUGCAGCUACUGUAAAUCAGAGAAAAUGUCCUGGAAAAUCUCCGGAGGGAGCAGGUAUGUGAAUGCCGCAUAUUUAUGGCCUCCAGCCUUGAACCUUUAUUGCAUGACUUCCGAAAGCUUAGAGACACAUUACAAAAGACUCAUCCAAAUUAG